GUUCUCUCCCCUCCUCGCUCCCUACCAAUCAUACGUCUUGCUAUUAGCGACUCAAAGCCAAGAUGCUAUCAACUGUUUGGGACUACGUCGUGGUUGGCGGUGGCCUUGCGGGCUCCGUUAUCUCAAGCCGUAUGUUGGAGUACAAUAGUUCUCUCAACAUUCUCCUCAUCGAGGCCGGCGAAGACACCCGGUCGCGAACCGACAUUCUUUACACCAACGCCACAAACCUCAUGGGUGGCGAGCUCGACUGGCAGUACCCUACCAAGCCUGUCUCCGCGCUCAACGGCCGUAGUCUCGUCUACAACCAAGGCAAAGGCCUAGGCGGCGGUGCCGCGAUCAACUCUUGCGGCUACACUCGCGGCCCCAAGGUGGACUAUGAUGAGUGGGCUGAAAUCGUAGGUGAUUCGCGAUGGAGCUACGACAGCCAGCUGCCCUGGAUGAAGAAGGCCGAGGACUGGUUUAGCACCAAUAGCACCGCUCGGCAUGGCAAUGGAGGUCCACUCCAUGUUGCUUCCGUCACGUCCACAGGCCGGUCAUACCCUCUCCGUGAUGAUGUCGCAGGAGCUUGGCAAGAACUUGGGAUCACGGGCUUGCCCAACCUCGACAGCAACGCCGGCGAGAACUUGGGUCGUGCUGAGCUCACCGAGACCAGACGCAGAGGUCUUCGUGAACUUACUCCGGUAAUCUACCCCCUUGAUGGCAUCACAGUCUUAACCGACACUCUUGUUGAGAAAAUCAUCCUUGCCAAGAAUUGCAGCGACGGAGAGCUGAGGGCAACCGGUGUCCAGCUUGCCAAUGGUACCCAGAUUUCUUCCAAGAAUGUGAUCUCGGCGGCCGGAGCAUACCGCUCUCCACAGUUGCUCAUGCUCUCUGGUAUCGGCGACUCUGAAGAGCUGCUAAAGCACAACAUCUCCGUCAGGCUCGACCUUCCUGAAGUCGGAAAGAACCUCAUGGACCACAUGUCAUUUUAUCAGUUCUGGAAGCUCAAGGAUCCUGAGAAAGGUCUUGCGCUUGGCUCCGAUAACCCAUUGUUCUCACAACCCGAGUUUGCUACUGGCUACCCGAUCGACUGGGUUGUGUCUACCGAUGUUGACAAGACUGGCCUUGCCGCCGCCAUCGCCAAGGACGAGGGUGCUGUACCAGAUGCCGCAACUCACUCUCUCCUGAAGACAGGCCGGGGUUUCCUCGAGAACUUCAUCAUUUACCAAGCCUACAGCGCCUCCAACCCUACUGUUCCUUUGGAUGGAUCGCACAUCUACACCAAUGUAGUCUCUUUCCUGCCCACCUCCCAUGGGACCGUCGGUCUCGAAUCCUCCAAUCCCACAAUCGGACCGGUCAUCAACCUCAACUACCUUGAAUCCGAGGUUGACCGCUACGUCUACCGUGAGGGUAUCCGCCAAAUGACCAAAGUGAUGCUGAACACCACUUUUGGCAAGGACUUCAUCGCUGGCGAAACUGCGCCAGAUGCCUUUGAGCCCGUGUCACUUGAUGACACUGACGAUUAUCUUAACUCUCGCUUGGCAGCAGGAGGUGUCACAACGUGGCAUCCCCAUGGUACAUGUUCCAUGGGCAAGGUGGUUGACUCCGAGUUUGAGGUGAAAGGUGUGAAGGGUCUGCGUGUGGUGGAUGCCUCAGUGCUGCCUGUGCCCAUGGCUGCGCAUCUUAUGGCUCCGUUGUAUGCUAUGGCUGAGCAGGCAGCUGCUAUAAUCACUGGCAAUGCGUAG